CUCCCAAUCCUCAAAACUACUGCUCCGCCGCCUUUGGUGGCUGGGGAGAGAAAAAAAGAAACAAACUAGCCCGAAAAUUGCCGGUGUAUGUAUAUAUACACAUAUGUAUACACUUUGUCCGGAUAAACAAAAGGUCGCAUUCUAAAGAAUCCCUAAACACACACUAGUUUUGGCCUUUUGGGUCCCUCUCCAUCUCCCUCUCUCCCUCUCCCUCCCACUAUAUCUGUGGGUUUGUGUCUUUUUCUACACUUUAUUUGUCCUUGUUCCGUAUUAUUUUGACCCACUUGGAUUAUUUUUCGAAAACAAAAUUUCAUGUCAACAUCUGGUUCCGGUGCUUCUUCUUCUUCAUCCGCAACAAGAGGAGGAAAUGGUGGAGCGAGGAGGCCAAGACCAGGGUGGGACAUCGAAAUCUGGCCUGAAGAUUUCGUGGAGACAAUCAUAGUGUCGAUUGCGAUCGCUGUUGCUGAGCGUGGCACUCGUCUUGCAGCGGCUCAGGAAAUUGCCAACCUCUUCAUGGUCAGCUCCACGUGGCGAGCGGCGUCGCAAUCGGAGCUUUUAUGGGAAAGGCUGGUGCGAGUCGUUUGGGGGAAGACCAUGCGCGUCCGCCCCACGUGGCGGGAGGAAUACAUUUACAACCACCGUAUUGCGCGCAACUUCCGAACCGGGCGGGCCAGGCACUACGAACUCCGGUUUGACCACUCUGACAUCAGGAAUCUGUUCGACGGCACUACAUGCCGCUGCGUUGCCCUUACUGACACGUACCUCGCUUGUGGUUUCCUUGACGGAGCGGUACGUGUGUUCGAUGUCGCCAGUCGCCAAGAGAUCCGCACGUUCCGACCCCUGGAGCGUGAUUUCCGCAUCGGCGCGUUCGCUGCCUCCAUAUCGGGAAUCAUCCUCACCGGCCACAAAAUCGUUUUCUCAACACUUGACGGCGACAUACACGCGGCGAUGAUCAACGAAGAGACACCAGUUCGUCGCAUCCGAAUGGGUGAGUACGUACGAGACGGAUCGUGUGCUAGUUUUGCCGGUAACGAGCGAUUCUGGGUGGGGAUGUACGCCGGAAUGCCAAAUCGGUCAUUUUGCGUGUGGGACGCGGCGACUGAAGAGAUUCUGUUUUUCGGCGGCAAUUUCAUGGACCACUACGCGGGUACGUCAGGCCUCAACAUGGUGACGGACUGGGCCGAGUUCCUGGCCCGGGUUCGGGUCAACAGUGAAGGAAUAGCUUGCGCUUGUACCCAUUCACGGGUCGCAGUCUUCGACAUGAGGCAUGAUGCCCUUCAACUGGUUAACGAAAUGAGGCAAGAUAUUGUUGUGGGUAGUUUUGAUGCUAAUGAAGAAGCUUGUGUGGCCGUUGAAGGGUUUGGUUUGGGAAGGGUGAGUCGGGUGCCAAAUUUGCAGGAUAUUUACAGAUUCCAGGUUGGUGGGAACCAUAAUCAGAGGGAAAUUACAGUUGGUUGUCUGAAUAAGGAGCAUGCAUUGAUGGGCACUAAUGGGGUUAUCAGGGUCUGGAAGGUUAAGGACGGGGGAGAGUAUUUGUAUAGUUUAGGUGAUAGAGUUGGUGAACUGAAUGCCAUUGCUGCUACAGAGAGGUACGUAGCUACAGGUGGAAAUGAUGAUAUUCAUCUGUUUGAUUUUGCUCCACAGGACAUGGAGUGACUGUCUUGCAGUGCAAACAACUUGAAUGGGGGGUGAUUGGUUUUCUUUUCAAAAUGUACCCCAUCUUAUUCUUGUUGUAAGCGUAGCAUAGAAACAAUGCAUUUUUUGGUUCUAAAAUAAUUAUCCUGUUCAUGAGUAUUCUAGAGGUAAAGUGUUACGUAUGUGUUUGCGACAUUGAUCGAUUGGCAAGCUUAU